AUGCAAAAGGAGCUUAUUGCUUUAGCUGCCAGCAUUCUUGUGGGCCAUUACAUACUCAAACAAAAGAAGGACCGUAAGCAUAUAUUAAAACCACAAGGUGAGCGCGUUGUUAUCCUGGGUUGUUCAUCUGGUAUUGGAAAGGAGUGUGCCCUCAAUUAUGCAGCACGAGGCGCCAAGCUAGUACUGUUUGCCCGUAGAAAAGAGCUGCUGGAACAAUUAAAGCAACAAUGUCAAGAUGCAGGAUCACCACAGGUCGAAUUGCUUGUAGGAGACGUGACAGUAGAGGAUGAUCUGAUGGAACUGGCAGCAUUUACAAAACGUACAAUGGGUAAUGUAGUGGAUACCGUCAUUUACUGUGCAGGCAUGCUCUCGGUGCGGCCAUUUCUAGAUGCGUGUGGUAUAAAGAUCACCAAACGAGAAGCCAAGGAUCAGCAGCAUCAGCAUCACAAGUACAAGAUCACUGAGCAGCAAAAGGAUGGACAGGAGAUCAUUGAUGCACUGCAAACGAUCACGACCAUCAACUACUUUUCAUCCGUCUGGACAGCACGUUUAUUCUUGCCAUUACUACUGAAUUCAGUAUCACCCAACUUUAUUGUGGUUUCCUCCAUGGCUGGCAAAGUGGGAGCACCCACGCGUGGAUUGUAUGCAGGAUCAAAGCAUGCACUGCACGGAUUUUUUGAUUCCAUUCGAGUAGAACUUUCUCCAUACAAUAUCCAUAUCGGUCUCAUAUGUCCAGGUACCGUCGAUACAGAGCUGCGUCAAUCAGCCGUUGAUAAAUCACUCGGUGGCAGCAAUGAUACAAGCAUUGCGGGAUCAAAAAAGAACAAGCUAUCGCCUUCUGCCGUUGCCAAGCGCAUCGCAGAAGCCUCUGACAUGAGAGAACAAGAAGUGUACAUUCCAGCGUGGUUUGGUUAUGUUGCUCUAUGGGCGAAACUACUCGCUAGUCCGUUGGUCGACUAUGCUGCUGCAAGAAAAUACAAGAAUUGA